AUAAGAAGGCCAAUAAGAAAAAACCUGGUUUUCUCUCCUUUUCCCCACUAUAAUCUUUUUUUAUGCAUAAAGCUUCCAUCUUUUUCUCAUGCCCACUUUUUGAAUUCUGCAGACCUUUCCAUGUCUCUUCUUCUCCAGCUAUUAUGGUCUUCCUUUAUAUAUAACAUUAUUACCUCUACUCUCAAUAUUGUCCCCAAGUAACUAGAUAUUUAGAGCUCUGAAACAGAUUCUCUAAAACUAACAUGGGGAGAGCUCCUUGCUGUGACAAAGCCAAUGUCAAGAAAGGUCCAUGGUCACCUGAAGAAGACGCCAAGCUCAAGGCCUACAUCGAGCAACAUGGCACCGGUGGCAAUUGGAUUGCCUUGCCCCAGAAGAUAGGUCUUAAGAGAUGUGGGAAGAGCUGUCGUCUUAGGUGGUUGAAUUACCUAAGACCAAACAUUAAACAUGGAGGAUUCUCAGAGGAAGAAGAUAACAUCAUUUGCAGCCUCUAUAUAACCAUAGGAAGCAGGUGGUCUAUAAUUGCUGCACAAUUGCCUGGGAGAACAGACAAUGACAUCAAGAACUACUGGAACACAAGGCUGAAAAAGAAACUCCUAGGGAAGCAGCGCAAAGAACAACAAGCUCGCCGCGUCAGGCAAGAUAUAAAGAGAGAGACAGAGGACUAUUAUUCUCUUCCUUCAGGAGUCAUGAAUCAUGGUACUCCAUGCUGGCCAGAGCUACCAGCAGUCAUGCCUCUACCAGCCAAUUCAAACCAAGAUUCUCACUUCAAUGACCAAGAAUCACUCAGCAAUCUGUUUAUCAAGCUAGGAGAAAAAUUUUCCAAUGAUCAUCCUCAACAAACAAGUUUUCAACAUCCUUUCAAUCAAGUGCCCAUCACUCAAGAUCAGCUACCAUACGAGGAUUCCAUGACCAUGUUUGCUCCUUCUUCUUCUAUGAGUUCCAUAAGCAGUGCUGAUUGUUCUCAGUUGUCAAGUGCCAACUAUGAUGUUCAGGGGCUAGAGAAUUUUCAGGUCGAGUUAAGUGAGUUGAUCUAUGGAAACCAGCAGCAGUUUGAUGAACUGGGUUCCUAUGGAAUGGAGAACAUGGUAGAUGGUAGCAGCGGGGUCAGUUCCGUGGAAAGCAACAGCUGGGGGGACAUAAACUCGCUGGCUUAUCCUCAAAUUGUUUCUGGGUUUCAAGGUGGACAACAAAGCAUGCCCCAAGUUUCCAACUUUGAAGGCUCAAGCUAUUUUGGGCCACAUUAACCGAAAUACACUACUGCUGUGUACUGUGUAUGGGUGGGGUGUAAAAAUUUAAAUCUGUACUCUUAGGAAAUUGAUAUGGUGUCAGAAUUUCAGAUAUCCUAGUGAAUUACUCUUGCUGAGAUUUGUUCUUUUGAUCCUUUUCUCUUUAGCUUUGCGUAAUUUGGAUGCUGAAUGCAGAAUCUUAGAA